AUGGAAGAUGCAUAUUUUAUACUUGAUAAUCCGUUUAAAGAUAAUGAAUUAGGUUUGUAUGCAGUUUUAGAUGGCCAUGGAGGAGGAGAAGUAGUAGAAAGUUGUACUUAGUUCAUACCUGAUAUAUUUAAGAAAGAAUAUAAAAAAAAUAUUGAUGCUAAAGAAUUAUUUAAAACAGUUAUGAAAAAAACAGAUGAUUAAUUAAGAUUAGUUGGUGCAAGUGAUUAAGGAGCUUGUGUAUGUCUAGCGUUAGUUCGAAAAGAAGCGAAUAAUGUAACCAAAUGUUAUGUGGCUAAUUUAGGUGAUACUAGAGCUGUACUUUGCGAAAAUGAUAAAGCAAUAAGAGUUUCUACUGAUCAUAAAGCUGUUAACGAAUAAGAAAUAAAAAGAAUUAAAGAAAUGGGAGGGAUUAUUAUUAGAGGCAGAGUUUCAGGUAGUUUAGCUAUUACAAGAGCUUUAGGGGAUUUAGAUUUAAAAACAGAAGGCGUUUUAAAUGUUCCUGAUACAGAAGAAUUUGUUGUAAGCUAAAAAACACAAUAUUUAAUUUUAGCAUCUGAUGGCUUAUGGGAUGUAUGUGAUGAUUAGAAAGCAGUUGAUUUAUGUAAAAAUAUUAAUGAUACCGCAGAAAUGGCAAAAAAAUUGCUUAAAUAUGCACUGGAUAAUGGUUCAAGGGAUAAUACUUCUGUAAUGGUUUUAAGAUUUAAUUGAUUUUUUUUUAUUAUAAUUAAAAGAUUUUAUUUAAUUUGUAAAAAAAACAUAAUAUAAAUAUAUAAUCUUUGAUAUAAAUGCAAACUUUAAU